UGGGGGAUUCCCGCGUUGCUGAUAGCGGAGGGUGGAGACGACAGAGGGACACGGCUCGGUUCCUCCACACCCUUGCACUAUUUCCUUGGCACUUCCAAGAACAAAAAUGGUGGACACUAGGGAGCCAGAUUCCAGGGGACAUCCCAGACCAGGAGAGGGGAAACCUGAAACCUUUGACAUCCAGGGCCUUGAAUUGGGAAGGACCCGUGUUAAGAUUCUUGUCAGGUGUGCUGCUCCAUCUAGCAGCCAGAAUCUUGGAGCUGUGCGUCUGUCUUGUCAUUCCCCGUGUCUUUCAGUAGGGCGCUGUACCACUCCGAGCAAAAGAAUAAAGAAUCUGCCCCGAAGCCCAGCAGGUCCGUGUAAAAGUGGGAUUGCCCCGCGACUCCUAGAAGGAUGAGGAUGGCUGGGCUUCUCGCCCUAACCCGGGCGUAUUAUUGACUCCCAGUUACCUCCCUGCUAUUUGAUACAGGAAACAGGAUAUGACAACGCCUGCAGGAAAAAGAGUUGUCUUUGGGGCCGCGAAUGCAUCAGGGAGGGGGAAUCAGAUCUUGGGGUUUUCUUUCGCUCCUCUGGUUAUCCGCACUCCUUCGCCCCGCCUCCCCUCUUUCCAGUUGUUCCAAAGGGGUGUGGUUUUUCCUGGGAAAAUGGCUGACCGCUGGGGUUGGGACUGAGACUCGGGGCUGGGGGAUGGGGUGGAUGGACGCCCUUGCUGGAGAAGGCUGCUGGUAUCAGAGUCCUGAGAAGUGGGGGUAGGGUGAAAGACCAAAAAGUGGAAUCCGUUUGACAAACCAAGACCUUGGAUUCGGAAAGGCUGGUAUUGGGACUGUCUGAAGUCCUGUUCUGUCUGCCUAGCCAUCCCAUCUCUGCCGUGUUGCCUGUCUGUGUCGGUGGAUCUUGCGCCUGAAGGCCAGUUCAACCUUAGGAGCAGGAAGAAGAGGAAAUUGCCCCGAAACAAUAUCUGUAGCUGCAGCAAAGCCUGCUGGCUGUAGCUGAAGACUCCACAGCCUCAUCUCCCCCGCAUCUCCACUUGGGAGCACUCCUCCAGCCAGAGCAAGUCCUCCAGACACUCCCUGCAUCAUGGGCCGAACUCGGGAAGCUGGCUGCGUGGCUGCUGGUGUGGUGAUCGGGGCUGGAGCCUGCUACUGUGUAUACAGGCUGACCUGGGGAAGAGAUAACGAGAUCAUCUGGAACGAGGAUGACGAUGAGGAGGAGGAAUCUCGCGAUAUUUCAGAGACUGGGAAAGGAGCUAAGGCUAAUGCUGGGGCAGGGGCUGGAGCCAGACUUCAGGGUGACUCAAAGGCCAAGGCUGAGGUAGCUGUGGAACUCAAGAGUGGACCUGAUGUAAAGGCAGAGGCCCACUCAAAGGCCGAGAGUGGAGGUGGCCUAGAGGCCAAGGCCAAGGCCCUUUUCAGCACUCUGAAGGAACAGGCAAGUGCAAAGGCAAGCAAAGCUGCCAAGUUGGGUACCAUCUUUGGGACCAGGGCCCUCGCACCUGGUUUACCCUGCCCAGGAGUCAGGGGUGGAGGCUGCCACCCUGUGAGGAAUGGAGCUAGGGCUGGGAGCAAGGCUAGUGGCAAGUCCAAGGGAAGGACCAGAAAUAAGAGCACCAGGACUCCAGCUUUGUUAUGGCCUGUUCGAAAGGGCAAGUUCAACUUUCCCUAUAAAAUUGAUGAUAUUCUGGGUGCUACUGACCUUCAGAAGGUCCUUAACAUCUUAGAAAGAUCUAAUGAUCCUUUUAUUCAAGAAGUAGCCUUGGUCACUCUGGGUAACAAUGCAGCGUAUUCAUUUAACCAAAAUGCCAUUCGCGAAUUGGGUGGUCUCCCAAUUAUUGCAAAACUGAUAAAAACGAAAGAUCCCAUUAUUAGGGAAAAGGCAUACAAUGUCCUUAAUAACUUGAGUGUGAAUUCGGAAAAUCAGGGCAAGAUUAAGACAUAUAUCAGUCAAGUGUGUGAUGACACCAUGAUCUGUCGUUUGGACUCAGCUGUGCAGAUGGCUGGUCUAAGACUGUUAACCAACAUGACUGUGACUAAUCAUUACCAGCAUUUGCUUUCCUAUUCUUUUCCAGACUUUUUUGCUUUGUUAUUCCUGGGAAAUUACUUCACCAAGAUUCAGAUUAUGAAAUUAAUCAUAAACUUUACUGAAAAUCCAGCCAUGACAAGAGAACUGGUGAGUUGUAAAGUGCCAUCAGAAUUGAUUUCCCUCUUUAAUAAAGAAUGGGACAGAGAGAUUCUUCUUAAUAUCCUUACCCUAUUUGAGAAUAUAAAUGACAACAUAAAAAAUGAAGGGCUUGCCUCAUCCAGGAAAGAAUUCAGCAGAAGUUCACUUUUUUUCUUAUUCAAAGAAUCUGGAGUGUGUGUCAAGAAAAUCAAAGCAUUAGCAAAUCACAGUGAUCUGGUCGUGAAAGUAAAAGUCCUAAAGGUAUUGACCAAACUCUAAUUGGGAAUCUGUCCCAAAAAAUAUUGAGGAAAUUUUUUUAGUUUGCAGUUGGGAACAAUGCAUUUUGUAAAUUCUUUAUUUUUUACUGUGCUUAUAUGGCAAAGAGAUCCUUUCAGCUGCUAUUUUGGAAUAAUGACUCUUACCUGUCAUCAACAGUGAUGCUGACUGUGAUGGUUUGUUUUAGGCUAGAUCAUUUUAAGGAUGUCAGAUGAAUACUAGAGCUUGUACAAAGAAAGCAUUUAUUGAUUCUAUCUUGCUACCUAGAUUGAGAUAUUUUUACUCUUUACUUAAACUGACAGCAAACUAACCACAAAUAAGCUAUACUUUUGUAUUGGUUUACAUCUGUUAAUCUUGUGUUUCAUCAAUAAAGUUGUGUGUUUUAACCAGCAAAAAA